AUGUCGUACCCAACGCACGAACGUGAUUUGGAAAAGGCAUCUCGAUUGGAAGACAUCCUGUCCAGACCCAUUCAAACCAAAUCAGUGGUUGCGAACCCUGCUCCUCUGGGGCUCAUGGGAUUCGCCUUGACAACGUUUGUGCUGUCUUGCCACAACGCUGGAGUGAUUAUUCCACAGAGUGCUCCCCAUACUGUCGUCACUGGUUUGGCUGCUGGGUACGGUGGAUUGGCGCAACUUCUGGCUGGAAUGUGGGAAUUCUCGGCUGGUAACAUUUUUGGAGCGACUGCAUUCUCGUCAUAUGGUGCUUUCUGGCUUUCGUUCGCUGUGAUUCAGAUUCCGGCGUUCGGUGUUCGUGCUGCGUUUGUGGCCAGCGAGUCUCUAGUAGACUACAAUGAAUCUUUGGGGCUUUGGCUGCUGGGUUGGACUAUCUUCACCUUCAUGAUGUGGUUGGCCACCCUGCGAACCAACGUGUGCCUCACGACCCUCUUCUUCUCUCUGUCCAUCACCUUCCUCUUGCUGACCAUCGGUGAAUUCAAACUAGACAAAGACAUGACGAAGGCUGGUGGUAUCUUCGGGAUCAUUACAGCUUUCAUUGCAUGGUACUUGGCUCUGGCUCAGAUCGUGAACAGGCAGAACUCGUUCUUCGAGCUACCAAUUGGAGCGAUGCCCAGUAAAGACCACAAGUAG